AGGUAGCUUAGUGGGAGAAAGGUAACUUGAUGGCUUAUAGAAACGCGCCUUAUUCUUGCUUUGGCUUAUAUGAUACCGGGUGGGAAAAAAUAUUGUUUUUUAGACUAGAUAACACCUCAUCUCAAAUAUAAUUAUGCAUUAAAGACUUACUAUAGACCUACAUAGGUUUACUGGAUAUUUCUUUAGCAGAGAAAUUAUUUUUUUAAUCAAACCCAUGCUUUGAUCGGAUCUGGGUAGUAGUAAGUUUCGACUUUGGCUAUUUUUGGACCCUAAUUAAGCUCAAAAUCUAGACAAAGAUCCAUAGAUUCGCCCGAAUAUGCAGAACCAUUAAAAUCUAAAAACCAUUAUAAGGGUAAUUUCUGUAACAUCCAAGGCAUGUCUUUAUAUGUUAUUAGGAUGGUUCUGUCUACAUAAAAUAGCCUCCCUAUCAUUAUUUGUGUCCUACAGGUACACAAAACAUGUGCCUUAAGAAGCAUCCGAUGGGUGUCUUGGCCCUUUUAUCUCCAACCUGACAUGUAAAAUGUCAGGUAUAAAACCUGAUUCUAAUUUAUGACGGAACAGAAACGAUUAUAAGGGAUUUUUUCUAUUGUUAGUCAUUCGUUGAUAAAACUUGGUAGCCGGCUAUAAAUUUCAUAUAAGAAUGCACUUCUUCACAUUCUCCCAUUAUCAGGAUACAACCGUAGAAGUCUACUGAUCUAUUAUAUUUUUUAAUGAAACAAACGGUUCAUAAAAGUUUAACUAAUAAGCGCUAUCGAAGAAUAAAAAAAUGUUAUUACAAAUAACAGUUUUUAAUAAUCUUCUUUAGGCCAUUUCAAAUGAAACAGGUUAUUCAUCGCAAUUAAACCUGAAAUCAAUUAGAUCAUUGAAUAACUAGUUGUUCCCGUUUAUACCAAAGAUAACCCCAAAUAACUUUUUUGAUUUUUGUUCAUUUAGACUAAAAAAAAAAAUUUCCGUGCUAUAUGAUACAAUAAACAGUACCGCAUCGCAAUUAGAAUUCAAAGAGCGCGUCUGCUUAGACCAUAAGAAGAAGAAGAGGUCGGUCUACAAUCGGUUACUGAACUUUGUUAUUAAUAUCUAAUAUUCGCGUUGUAACUAGAGGAAAUGGAUAAUAAGUAGUGCGUACGCGUAGGCAAUUUACCCUCUGUUAUGGACACUGGUCUGUUAUUAUGAACCAGAUUCGAAUCUUUAUGGAUUUUAUGUUUUUAGGCCGGUCAACUGGUACGUUGUCCCUGUUAAAUAUAUAUUUUAAUAAACCUGUCCAAAUAUUGCUUUUUAAAUUUAUUAUUCGUCAAUAAAAGUGUUUAUGGCCCUAAAAUAAUCCUGAGGCUUUAUGCAAAAUCACGACUCGCCCACCUGUUUAACCUUAAGGUACCCUAAGUCUAAUAGAAAAUAAAUUAUGGUGUCAAAAAUGUAAUUCUUAAUGGCCGUCAUUACUUUGUCUACCUGCUUUAAGCCUUUUUGGUGUUAAAAGCCAAAUUAUAGAAAAAGACUAAAAUCUGAAACUAUAAAUGUUUAUCAGCAUGAUGUCAUACAAGUCAAGAUAACAAAAUCUAGGGAAUUUCCCCCUUCUGAUUUUGUUGGCAGCACUUUGUUUGACAGCGGUAACAAACCUUCGGGAACAUUUAAACGCCGCGAAAAGUGACGAAGUCAAAAGCGCUAAAAUCGAAUUGAAAAUUUGUGGUUAUUAAGAAAUUUGAAAAAUGGCGGAAAUGGAGGCAAAAGAGCAAAAAGAAGAACCAAAGAAAAUAAUACAUACUUAUCCACUUAUAAGGCACUCCGAUAUGUCGGAGGAAAUGAAAACUGAGACGAUGGAACUGGUUGUUACCGCUUGUGAGAAAUUUUCAGCAAGUAAUGAGGCUGCCGCUAAAAUGAUAAAAGAAGAAAUGGAUAAAAAACUAGGCCCCUCAUUCCACGUGGUUGUAGGUGAAGAUUUCGGUUUUGAAAUUGCUUAUGAAUGUGCUAAUUUAUUAUAUAUGUUUUUCGGCGGCAAUUUGGCCAUAGUUAUCUGGAAGUGUUAAUAUAGGCAUCUACAAAGACACAUGAAUGUUUUU